AAUCAGCUGUCGUCUAACAGUUGGCCGGCGCUGCCCGUCACCUCACAAUGCGCUGUGAUUCACUUUAUUCAACGGACAUGUGAAAAAUAUUAUCAAUUAUUUUUAACUAGUUUUGAACUCAACAGUGCGUGAACCAUGGAUUUUGCAACCAGGAUUUUUUUCAUAACACUCAUAUUCGGAACACACUAUACAACUGCUGAAGAUUUCGGCUACGAUGGAUCAAUAGGCCCGACCUAUUGGGGUGAGCGGUACCAGGAGUGCAGAGGCAAGCAUCAGAGUCCCAUAAAUAUUAACGUGCUUCGCGUGAAACAAGUGGCUCUUCCUGACAUCACGUUUAUAGGCUUUGAUGACCCCAUUGACAAUGUACACGUCACUAACAAUGGACAUACAGUCCUGAUUGAGGUCGAGAAUGAGCCUCACCCUCGGGUAAGCGGUGGACCGCUAGACGGGACUUACGUGUUCAGUCAAAUGCACUUCCAUUGGGGUGACAAUGAUACUCUGGGUUCCGAGGACAAAAUAAACCACAGAAGUUUUCCUAUGGAGUUGCAUAUGGUGUUUUACAAAGAAGAAUAUAAUACAGUCAAAGAAGCUGUUACACACACCGAUGGCUUGACUGUCUUGGCAUUUUUCUAUGAGUUAGACCGGCAUCAGCAUCCAGCCUAUGACGACAUAACAUCCGCCCUCAGCAAUGUUACCGAUCCGCACUCAAGCAUUGUUAUGAAUAACCCAUUUUCAUUUUUAAACAUUCUACCAUACGACCUUAGAAGAUAUUUCACGUACAGAGGGUCAUUGACAACUCCACCAUGCUCUGAAGUAGUCAUUUGGCUGGAUUUUGAACAACCCGUCCGUUUAACUCACGAUCAGAUCGAAGUAUUCAGAGAGCUACGAUCGGCCAGUGGAAAAAUUCGGCAUAACUUCAGACCAAUCCAACCGAUCGGAGACAGAACUGUAUUCUAUAAUAUAGAUAGCAAUUAUUAUACUUAUAAUGAAAUCGAUGACCCUGGGGCUCACACUGAGUGGCCACAGACAAGGAAAAGAGGGAACAGUGCUAGUAUAUCUAGGUUUAGCUUAAGCUGUUUUACCUUUAUGUUUAUAUUGUGUAAUACCUUAGGUUAAUUCAAAUUAUACAAAGAAACUUAUAGGAAGUGAAAAUACGAAUCUACUGAAUAGUUAAAACCAUACACAAAACAAAAUGUUUGUUUAGUCAUGGUUUUAUGUUGAUUUCAACAAGCAAUGCAGAUAUAAGAGAACAGCUACACUAUAUUCCUUUUUUUAAAUUUGCUUGCUUUCUUUGCUGAAAUAAAAUAUAGUAUAAAAAGAGUGGGCUGUCCACUUGCCCCUAUAUAUGACUGUGUCGACUUUCCUUUACACAUGACUAUGUUAUAGUUAGAAAAUUCAGUUCUUCAAUAUAAGGACACAAAUGCAAGGUAUUUUAAGUUAGUUAUAGUAUAGAAGUUAUUUUGUUGUUUUUUGAAUUAUAACCAUUUCUAUUCCCUGGUAUAGUGGUUAAACUAAGUAAUACACAAGGAUUACCUUGUGUAUAUGUAACAACAGUUACGGAGGUAGUAAAUAUAGGUUCUACUAUACAGAUGAAAGGCUUUCAAAUGAAGUUUCUAAAAACAUCUUUGGGACGCUAAAAGAAAUUAUAACUGUGAUAUCAUAUAAGUAAAUAAAAGAUU